UCUUUCUUCCGUCCCAGCGGAAGUGGUGGGCUCCUCGUCCACCACGUCCACCAACUGAGAUGCUUGGCUGCUGCGCGUUGAUUCGUCGGCUUCGGUGCUCGAACGCGCUGCUGACAUCAAGCCAGCAACUGGCUGCUGCUGAGGCGAUGCAGAGGCUGUCAUGUUUGCGCCUGUUGCUGCUCCAGCUCCUUCUGCUGCUGUUAGAUCAACAGCAGCAGCAGGAGCAAGAGUGCCGGCAGGAGGAGCCUCUCUCGUAGAAGAAGAGUGCGCGGGCCCAAAGAAGGAGGUGAUCUGCUGUGGCGCCUGUGCUGCUACAGUCAAAGCAGUUGCCGAAGCAGCGGUCGAAGGAGCGGGGGUACUACCGGUAGUGCCGGCUACACUCUGCUCUGCCUGCAUGUUCAUGUUCUUUGGGGUCUGCAUGCGGGGUGUUCCUCCGCACACAGCUGUGUGUGUGGUGUGAUGAUGCGCAAGGGCAGAUGCUGUCACCCCGGGUCAUAAAAGAAGGAGGGGGCCCGCGAAUGCAUGCGGCGCAACUACAAAUACCACCGGGGUUUCUUAUAUUGUGUACCCCCGGUGGUAAUUCGAUGGUCUGUCAGAGACGCCCAAAAUUACCACCGGGGUGUCGUAUACUGUGGGGGGUUUCUUAUAUUGUGUAGGUGUCUUAUAUUGUGUCAUUUACGGUACUGCUCUCUGUAUACUGUCGCGACCACAG